AUGAUUAUGUCAUGGAACAUUAUGGGGCUUAACAAAGUGGGUAAGCUUAGGGAUAUUAGCUCCCAUCUCCUAGAGCUUAAGCCUGCAAUUGUCAUUUUGAUUGAAGCUAGAGUAAAGAAGAGUAAAGCCAAAGUUAUCAGGGAGAAACUUCAUAUGAAUAAUAACUUUUGGAAAACUAUAAAGAUCAUGAGAAUGGUAGAAUUUGGACGGGCUGGGAUGAUAGUAGAGUUGAUAUCAAUUUUAUGUAGAGUUCUAGUCAAUUUAUUCAUUGUGGAAUGUAUGAUGCAGUUGGUGGGUUCAAACACUGGCUGA